GUGCCUCGUACUGCCACCGUGGUGUGCCCAUGGAGGAUUUUUGAGCUGCUGCCAGUUCUAAUUAUCUUCAUGUUCUGUGAAUUUAAAGUUGUGGCAGCAGUGCCUGAAGAUAUGACAACAAGCUUUGAUCCUAGUGAGCCAUCAUUAGAAUCGCUGAUAUGUGUGGUUGCCAUUGGACUGCUUACCAUUUUCUUAUUUCUUUGGAGAGGAUACCGAUCAAUUCAAAGCCGACUUUAUUUGAGUAAAGAGAAUAGACUGGCUGUGGAACUUGCAAUGGAAAUCAAAAAGAAAUGUGAUCUAAUUGACAAAGUGUGCCUUGCUCAAAAGGAGUGUGAAGGCUUAGAGUCAUCCUUAAAGGAGGCCAACUUUGACAAGGCAUCAACAGAAGUACAGAGUUUGAAGGUAAAAAAAAACUUUCUAUUUUAGGCAACUUAUAAAAAUCUAGAAAGAGAUAAAUCUAAACUUGAAGAAGAAAUAUUACUUAUAGAGAAGAAACUAGAAGAAGAGAGAGCUAAACAUCAUGAAGAAGAGGAAUUGAUGAGUCACCUUUCAAAAAUGAUCCAGUCUCUAGCAGAUGAAUCACAGUCUGUCAAAUCACAGCUAGCUGAAGCCAAAACCACACUAAGAAUAUUUGAAAUAAAUAAAGAACGACUUAAAGGAGUAAUAACAGAUACCUUGAAUGAAAAUUCUCAACGUCAGGAAAGCGUGCGUCAGUAUUUAGAAGAAGCUAAAGUCAUGAAAGAACAAAUGAAUCAACUCAAUAAACAGAAAAUAGCAAUCGAAGUAUCCAACGUACAGGCAGAGCAACUCCUAAAGGUUAAGGAAAAUCAGAUCAAGUCUCUGAUGGAGAGCCUGCUAAGGAUGAAAGACUGGAAUUCUGUGCUUGGGGAAGAUGUAACUGAUGAUGGUAAUCUGGAUGUAGAAGUGAACAAUGACUUAGAGAAUAACGUCAAGCUGGCCUGGAAUUCACCUUGGAGUCCAGGCUGGCCUUAUACUCAUGGGAAUCCCCUUGUCUUAGCUGUGAAAUGUAAUCAGCCUAAGGGAGCUUUGAGGAAGCUAAUAUAUGCUACUGAGUUAAGUGCUUCAUUAAAAACCCUAGAAGGAGACAGAAACCAAAUUUAUACUCAGUUAUCUGAAAUAGAUGCAACAAAUGAUGAUCUUACAGAGCAUAUGCGAAGUCUCAAGUCUGAACAAGUGUCUUUGCAGUCAGGUAAUACACAACUUGAAAUCGAGAAACAGAAGCUUCAAAGGAAAAUCACAGUGAUGAGGGAGCUGUACCAAGACAAUGAAAGGAUGCUUCACAGGUGA